ACGGAUCGUUUAAACAAGAAACUGCUCGUAUCAGUUUUAGAACGAAUGAAGAAAUCAGACGGGCAGUUCGAUAAAUUUAUGGAGGACGGCAAAGGAAACAGCGAAUCGUACGACGAUAGCGAUUUCUAGGGUGACCGGCACUUAUAAACUGAGACUUUGCAUAAGUGGUGCUUAUAUUUAAUAAAAAUAUAUCUUGUACUAUCAUGGCCACUACUACUUUUGAUUAUGAGGGUGAUGAAGAUAUUAUUGCUCAUUAUGAGGAUCAGGAAUCUGAUGGUGAACGAGGUAGUCUUAAUGAAGCAGAGGAAGCAACUUCUGAUAAUGAUAAAAAUAAUGAGAUGGGAACUAAGCGAAAGAUUGAUCCAUCAACAUCCAAAUCACAUAUAAUAAGAAAUCCAAUACCCAAACUUAAUACAGAAAGAUUAAAAGGUCCUAGUGGUAUUCAGACUAUUGAAAAGUAUUUUGAAGGUUUCAAGUUUAAUGGUAAAGGUCAUGAAAAAACAGAUCUUGAUAGAAUUAUGAAAAGAUUGGAACAUUGGUCUCAUCGGUUAUUCCCAAAGUAUCACUUUGAUGAUUUUCUUGCGAGAGUUGAACAACUUGGAUCAAAGAAAGAUUUGCAGGUAUAUUUAAAAAAAUACCGACUAGACAUGAUUACUUCAGAUGAUGGCUUAAUUGUCCAUGAUAAUAUGGAUAAUGAAGAAGAUCAAGAAGAGAGCGCACCUCUUGAUGAUUUCGAUUUAUUGAUAACUGAACAAAUUCAAAAACAAAAGCAAGCCAAAAUGCAAGCCUCUACGUUAGCCUCAGCUUCUGCUUCAGAAGAUGCGUUCAAUGAACUUUUGAUACAAUCUGAUAACAUAUCACACUCACAGAUACCAAGUACAGGCACUACUGGAAAUGAAUUAAGUGAUGAAAUAAGAGAGAAAAUCGAGCGAAAUAAGCAGCUGGCUAUCCAGAGAAAGUUUGAGAGACAGAAUGAACGAGAAGAAGUUAAAAGAAAGAAAUUGGCUGAAAACAUUAAUGCAAAACUUUCAAAUGAGAACUCUGAUCUUACAGUUAAUGACAGGAUGGAUACAUCUCAGAUGGAUGAUGUAUAACCACAAACCAGUGGAAAUAUAGAUAAAGCAAUUUGUGCUGAUAAGUCAGAAGCAGUUAUUGAAUGAAGUCAAUAACAGACUAUAUUUGAGUAAAAUGCAUAGUAAUAAAAUUUUUGUUAUUAAUAAGAUAUUACUAAAAUUUGUUAACACAAGUGCAGUAUAAAGAAUUGCUGAAAUGAUUGUAGAAGUAAGCAAAGUAUUAACUAUUAGAAAUAUACAUUAUAAUGGAUUUUAA